CAGUCAUUAGGAGGUGCCCGCCCGUUCGGAUCCAAUUUCAAAACCACCGAAAGUCCUUCGUAAAGGCCGGGGCGGUCUGCUCCCAUCUCUCCGUUCGUCUCCGACCGCCCAACUGCAGAUGGAGGCGUCCAUCUCCGCCUUCUGCCGAUCCCUCUCCGCCUUCUGCCACCACGUCGAGAGCGCCUCCGACUCCCUCUCCGACUCCAUCCAGCGUCGUCCCAUCCCCCUCGAUUCCGCUGCCUCCGCCUUCUUGCAAUGCCUCGACCGCCGCGUCUCCGCCGCGAGCGCCGACCUCGACCUCCUCGAAUCCAUGGCGCUCGGCACCGUCUCCUUCGAGGAGCUCCUCGGCCACUGCAACGAGGUCUACAAGAUCAACCUCAAGUACAUCUCCGACCUCGAGGACCGCUUCGCCUCCUUCGGCUACGUUCCCGAGGUAGAGGUGGAAGACGAUGAGGGCGGCGAUGAGGAUUCUGGCGUUCUUUCCAAGUACAUGAGCCCUGAUAACGGCGUCGGUACGUCGCACUUUGCUUGCAGGAAACGGCUCAAUGACGAUUUUUUGUUCGAGGACUCUGUUUCACUGCGAAAUCUUGGAUUUUCAGAUGCUUGCCUGGCCACUCUAGCCUCCGAAGGUGACGAGCGUGAUGCAACUCUGAAGAAAUUUUCAGAGCUGGAUAUGAGUGAUGAUGAGGGCCAACCACAUGAAAAGAUAACCUUCUCUCAACUUACGAAGGAUGUUCUAAAUACCCAAGAUGGAAGUGCUACGAACUCAGUUAUAAAGGUGUCCAAGGAUGACUAUGAUAAUCUUCCUUCCUAUAUGAAAACUCUAGCUUCCUGGGAGGAGUUGCAGGACGCCGUUGUAAAGUUGAAUUCAUACUUCUGCAAAGACAGAAGUGAGGGAAGUGAUAAACUUAACCAGGAUGAUACUGAAAAAAUAGGGCUAGGGCGCAAGGGACGGUCUUAUCUGUUAGUACUCUUACGGAUGAAUCAGUUAACUAUGGAGAACAUUGAUGGUUCCAUUUUCUAUCACACGUGCGUCAACUGAUCCGCCUAAUAAUGUCCUGCAUACCUGAAGCAUAUUCUCUACAUAGAAGGCUAUACAAACCCAAAAGGAUGGCUAUGUGAAGCUUUUUCUUUGCCUCAUUCUCAGUUUCAAGAUGAAUGAUGGCACCAUAUCUUGUGUGAAUUUAUGCACCAGGUCAGGGAGUAGCUAUUUGUGAAAGUCUUUUGAUUUUACUUCAGACCAGUAAUUGUAAUUCACUAAAAGUUGUUUUAACCCUCUAGAAUCUAGUGUAACUUUCCCUGAUCAUCUCCAAAUGCUAAAUGACGGAGGCGAGCGAGGACUUGAAGCU